CCCGAAACAUGGCGGUCAGCGUCCGCGGCCGCUCGCUCAGGAACCUCCGCAUCCGAGGGCGGAAUGACAGCGGAGAAGAGAACGUGCCGCUCGAUCUGUCCCGAGAACCUGAGGACAACCUGCGCGAGAUCCUGCAGAAUGUGGCCAAGCCCCAGGGGGUAUCUAACAUGCGGAAGCUGGGUCACCUGAACAACUUUGUCAAGUUACUCUGUAACGUUGGCCACUGUGAAGAGAAACUAGGUUUUACUUAUGAAGAAAUUAUUUUAUGCUUGCGAUUAGCGUUAUUGAAUGAAGCUAAAGAGGUGCGUGCAGCUGGACUCCGUGCCCUCCGCUAUCUCAUCCGAGACCCCAGCAUUCUACAGAAGGUGCUAAAUCUGCGUGUGGACUAUUUAAUAGCUAGGUGUAUAGACAUACAGCAGAGUAAUGAGGUGGAGCGCACACAAGCACUUCGAUUGGUUCGAAAGAUGAUCACUGUGAACGCAGCACUCUUCCCCAGCUCCAUCACCAAUUCCCUGAUUGCAGUGGGGAACGACGGACUCCAGGAGAGGGAUCGAAUGGUGCGGGCGUGCCUGGCCAUCCUCUGUGAACUAGCACUACAGAACGCAGAGGUAGUAGCUACGAGAGGAGGGCUCAGCACUAUCCUGAAGAACGUGAUUGACUGCCAACUGAACCGAAUAAACGAGGCCCUCAUCACCACCAUUCUCCAUCUCCUCAACCACCCAAAGACACGGAAAUAUAUAAGGGCCGAUGUGGAGCUGGAGCAAAUUUUAGCUCCAUACACGGACUUUCACUACAGACAUAACCCAGACACUGCGGAAGGACAGCUCAAAGAGGAUCGUGAAGCACGCUUACUAGCCAGCAAAAUGGCCAUCGUGGCAGCUUUCCGAUCGUGGGCAGGAAUUAUUAACCUGUGCCGGCCAGGAAACUCGGGGAUCCAGUCUCUAAUAGGAAUUCUAUGUAUACCAAAUAUGGAAGUGCGGCGAGGACUACUGGAGGUCCUGUAUGAUAUCUUCCGGUUGCCUGUCCCGGUGGGCACACAGGACUUUUCUGAAGCUCUGAUCAGUGUAGAUCCCAGCCGAUUCCAGGACUCCUGGCGUCUCUCUGAUGGGUUUAUCGCAGCGGAGGCUAAAACCAUCCUACCCCAUCGAGCUCGGUCCAGGCCUGACCUGAUGGAUAACUACCUGUCACUGGUGCUGUCGGCCUUCGUCAACAACGGGCUACUGGAGAGUUUGGUUGAAGUGAUCACCAGCAGCAAUGAUAACGUGUCUGUGAGGGCCACCAUCCUGCUGGGCGAGCUCCUGCACAUGGCGAACACAAUCCUCCCGUACACGUACAGCCACCACUUGCACUGUUUACCUACCCUCAUGAACAUGGCGGCCUCCUUCGAUAUUCCCCAAGAGAAACGUCUCCGAGCCAGUGAAGCAGUGAACUGCCUGAAGCGCUUCCACGAGAUGAAGAAGCGGGGCCCCAAACCCUACAGCCUGUACCUGGACCUCAUUGUGCACAAAGCCAGCGCCCUGCACCACAGGCGAGACAAUCACCUGCGCUUCCAGAGAGACAUCUUCAUCCUAAAGGACACAGAGGAGGCGAUAAUGCAGAACCUGCGCGACAGUGACGUGCUGAAUAACAAGGACAAUCUGCGUUGGAACUGGAACUUAAUAUCUACCAUCCUCAAGUGGCCCAAUGUCAACUUGAGGAAUUACAAAGAUGAACAGUUACACAGGUUUGUGCGUCGCCUGCUGUACUUCUACAAGCCGAGCAGCAAGCUGUAUGCUAACAUGGAGCUGGAGCACGCCAUGGGCAAGCAGCUGACGGUCGUGGGUUGCCAAUUCACCGAGUUCCUGCUGGAGUCUGACGAGGAUGGACAGAUGUACCUGGAGGAGCUGGUGAAGGACAUUGUGCAGUGGCUGGCCUCCUCCUCAGGCCUGAAGCCUAACCGAAGCCUGCAGAACAACGGGCUGCUCAACACUCUUAGCCAGCACUACUUCCUGCUGAUCGGCACCCUCUCCUCACACCCACAUGGAGUCAAGAUGCUGGAGAAAUGUAACAUGUUCCAGUGUCUGCUCAGCCUCUGUUCCCUGAAGAACUAUGACCACCUGCUGAAGCUGACGGUCUCCACACUAGACUACAGCCGUGACGGGCUGGCCAGAGUCAUCCUCUCCAAGACCCUCACCGCAGCCACUGACAACUGCAGGCUAUAUGCGACCAAACACUUGCGGGUUUUACUGCGAGCCAAUGUGGAGUUCUUCAGCAACUGGGGGAUCGAGCUCCUCGUCACCCAACUGCACGAUAAGAACAAGAGCAUCUCCUCAGAGGCCCUGGACAUCCUCGACGAGGCUUGUGAGGACAAGGCUAAUCUUCAUGCACUGAUCCAGAUGAAGCCAGCUGUGUCCCACCUGGGAGACAAGGGCUUGCUGCUGCUGCUCCGAUUUCUGUCCAUUCCAAAGGGCUUUUCCUACCUCAACGAGAGAGGCUAUGUGACCAAGCAGCUGGAAAAAUGGCAAAAGGAGUACAACUUGAAAUAUGUGGACCUGAUCGAAGAACAGCUGAACGAGGCUCUCACCACAUACCGCAAGCCAGCUGACGGGGAGAACUAUGUGAGGCGCAGUAACCAGAGGUUACAGAGGCCCUAUGUUUACUUACCUGUUCACCUCUAUGGCCAACUAGUCCAUCACAAGACCGGCUGUAAUUUACUGGAGGCCCAGAGCAUCGUCCCAGACCUGAGUUACAGCGUGCGGUCCCCAAGCCUCGACACAUGGGAGGGAGUCAAACAUCUGAAGGCAGCGCUCUGGGCUCUGGGGAACAUUGGCUCGUCUAACUGGGGGCUGAACCUGCUGCAGGAGGAGAACGUGGUUCCUGAUAUGAUAGCUCUGGCCCAGCAGUGUGAGAUCCUCUCAGUCAGGGGGACGUGUGUGUACGUGCUGGGUCUCCUGGCUAAGACUAAGCCGGGCUGUGAUGUGCUGAAGCAGCACUCCUGGGACUGCGUGAGGCACAGCCGCAGGCACCCCUGGCCUGUGGCCCCCGAUGACAUGGAGCAGCUUUACAGUGAGCUGUGCUCAGUGCCCAGCACCCUCAGCCUCAACUCGGAGUGUGCCAGCUCCCGGCACAACAGCGAGAGCGAAUGCUUACCCCAGAGCAUGUUUAUUCUGGAGGAUGAACGUUAUGGGAGCAGCACCACUAGCACCUUCUUCCUGGACAUCAGUGAGGAGGGGGACCCUGGGGUCCCAGAGAGACCCAAAGCCCCCAAAGACAAGGACCGCAGUGCUCUGAGCAUCCUCAGCUCCUCUCGCUUUGUCACCCGACGUUUCUUCAACAACCUCACCUCUCUGCCCAGCAAGAAGCUGCGGAGUGGGAGUGAGUCCAAGACCGGGAAGGCGGGCGCUGAGCGUAAGCAGCUGCCCCGGCGCGUGCGGACGGUGACCGAGCCGGCCAACAGCACCGACUACCCGCCCGGCGACGUCUUCAACGGCAGCCGCGGGAUGCACAAGAGCCACACGCUGAGCCUCGAGACCUCGUUCGUAGGCAGUCGGGAGCCAGGGAGUCGCGGCAGCACGCACAGCAUCUCCGAGUCGGACCUGAAGCGACCGCGGGCACUGGUGGGAGACAAUCACCGGGAGCGCUCGGCGGGCGACGGCAGCACCCAGUUCAAGAGCCGCAGCCAGAGCUUCAACACGGACACGACAACCAGCGGCAUCAGCUCCAUGAGCUCAGUCAGCUCCAGCCCGUCAGGGGAGACCGUGCAGGUGGACACCGACUGUGGGAGUCUGAGCACCAUCGUCAGUGCCAGGACAGUGAAAAACAGCCUCUCACUCACACCACAAACCAACCACCUGCCCCUCGCCAAGUCCAGCUCAGUCUCUUUGGUGCUACCCGGCUCCUCACACACUCUCCCCCGCCGCGCACAGUCACUCAAAGCCCCUUCCGUGGCUGCCAUCAAGAGCCUGACUGACUGCAACUUCAGCUACACCAGCCCGCGGGACGCCUUUGGCUACGCCACCCUCAAGCGGCUCCAGCAGCAGCGCAUGCACUCGUCCCUGUCCCACUCCGAGGCUCUGGCCUCACCAGCCAAGGACGUGCUCUUCACUGAUACCAUCACCAUGAAAACAGGCAGCCUGGACUCCAGACUGACCCCCCGCAGGUUUAUCAAAGCGCUCAGCUUCGCCUCGCUCGAUAAGGAGGAUUUAUUAAGUCCAAUUAAUCAGACCACGCUGCAGCGAUCGUCCUCAGUCCGCUCCAUGGUUUCCAACGCCACGUACGGCAGCACGGACGAUUACAUCGGCCUGGCUCUGCCAACAGACAUCAACGAACUCUUCCAGGUCAAGGAGACCCCGUAUUUCCAGCAGAAGUGCAGCCCCCCGGAUGACGAGCUGUUCUUCCGAGUCCACACACCGGUCACAGAAGGCCCCACCUCGUGCCCCGGCUCCCGGAGUCCCUACCAGGAGCUGAGGCCACAGAUCAGCUUCACGGAGGCCAUGCUGAAAGCUGCGGAGGGUGUCCCGUCCUCCGAUCCUGCAGAGGACACCGGGCUGCAGGAGCACACGGAGGCCGGCUGCCUGUACUGUGCCUGUCUCCACGUCCUGGGCUGUCACAGCAGUCAGUGCAGCCUGAGCCGUGCAGAUUUUCCUGACAUUCCAUACUCUGACUGCUGUGUCCCCGCGAUCCCCAUCCACACACACCUGGAGGUCACACCUCGAUCCAAGAUCUCCGGCAUCUCAGGCUGCAGCGACUCCGUGUCCCAGGGCUCAGCCAACAGCGUCAAGAGCCUGGACAUCGUCAUCGGAGUGAAGCCGGUGAUGGAGGACACCCCUGCCUGCCGUGUGCUGCUGAGGAAGGAGGUGCUGAGGCUGGUCAUCAACCUGAGCAGCUCAGUGGGCACGAAAGGCCAUGAGACCGGCCUCCUGACGAUAAAGGAGAAGUUCCCUCAUGCGUUUGAUGACAUCUGUCUGUACUCUGAGGUGUCCCACUUGCUGGCUCACUGCACCUUCCGGCUGCCCUCACGCAGGUUCAUCCAGGAACUCUUCCAAGACGUGCAGUUCCAGCCACUGUACGAGGAGGCUGACACGGUGCUGGUGGUGGCAGUGAAGCCGGGUGAAGCUGAGCUGAGCGCUGCCUCCUGACCCGGUGUGUGAGUGGCCACGGAGAGAGCCUGUGUAUCCUCCCGGGAUCUGGUACCAACGCACCCAUCACCUCCCUCCCUCUCUCGCUUCCUCCAUCCCGGGGACAGGAGGCACCACCUCACCCCACCCACUGUCUGACUUAUUUAUUUCCCUUCCUCCCUCCCUCCCUCUGUCCUGGAGUUGGAGGGAUUAACACUACAGCAGGUGUGAAACAGCACAGCCCUGACGCCACUAACCUUCUCCUUCCUUCCCAAACCUUUCCCCUUCCCCGCCCCUGUGCCAGUGAGGGAGACAGGCACAGAGCAACGCCAUGAAACUGGGCAGCAGUAGGUCAAUAACCUGCAUUGAGGUUCCUCUGUGCUGGCACAGGUUUCCUGGUGAGGAGCCAAGCACAGAGGAACCUCGCUGCAGGUCACUGUCUGUGCGCAACAUUUGCUGCUCUGACACAAGGGACUGUAGCCAGAGUAGCCAUGUGUGUGAGCCGGGAGAAUUUCCCCCACAGCCCAGCCCAUGGCUCAGCCAGUGUCUGCGCUGUGAGUCACACACACACA